CAGGGGCCCCAGGCCGAGAGGUAGGGGGUUGGGGGAGUCAGGGACAGGUCAGGGAAUGAGACUCAGGCUUUCAUUUAGAGAAACUCUGCAGACCCGUGAGGACUAUGGCAGGUUCACCCGACCAGGAAGGCUUCUUCAACCUGCUGAGCCACGUGCAGGGCGAUCGGAUGGAGGAACAGCGCUGUUCCUUGCAAGCUGAGCCAGGCCAGACCCCAGAAAGCCAGGGUGGCCCUGCUCCAGAGAUGGACAACCUCAUGGAUAUGCUGGCCAACACCCAGGGCCGCCGCAUGGAUGACCAGCGUGUAACAGUCAAUUCCCUGCCUGGCUUCCAACCUAUUGGUCCCAAGGAUGGAAUGCAGAAACGACCCGGGACACUCAGCCCUCAACCCCUGCUCAGCCCGCAGGACCCUGCUGCUCUCAGCUUCCGCAGGAACAGUAGCCCCCAGCCCCAGACACAAGCUCCCUGAGAGUUCCAGCCACCCUGGGCCUCCCGCUGGCCCCUGAAAGUAAUAAAACACUUGGCACUAGCGA